UAGAAAUCGUCCAACCAACAUAUUACAACUAAAUCUAAAAAAUUACAAGAAGUAUUUGUGCUACAUUACAUCUAGUUAUUGAUUCCCGCGAUACUAAAACAUUUCAGGUAAAAACAUUGCACACAUCCAUAGGUUAUGUCUGGCACUGUUAUGGUAUCACGAGACAAAAUGGCGACUUCGAUUUACAGGGAGUCUACCUGGGCGAGAAGAGAUGGCACGGAACCGCUUCUACGGGGAGCGACUUCUGGCAUCAGCGUCAAUAACGAUAGUGAUGAUAUAACGUUUGACAGUAGCAGCAUUGGAAGCGCGGGCGGUGCGAGAGAUUCAGGAUUCCUUCACACUAGACGCCGUCAAAGAAACUCUAGCAGUUCCAGUUGCGAGUCAGUAGACAACAAAGUCACGGCGAAUGGUCACUUGCUGUCAAGCCGCUACGAGAGUUUAGACUAUGAAGAGUGUGAGAAUACCCUGUUCUUGGAGGAAGAAAAGCAAAAGGGAUAUAAGUUUGUCGCGUGGAGGCAGGCUAAUCGCUGGUUCGUGAUGCUGGUGGUGGGAGUGCUGACAGCGAUGGUUGCUUGCUUCAUAGACAUCUUCAUCCAACUAAUCGCUUCCUUCAAGUACAAGAACAUCAAACACUUCAUGGAUCGCUGUGUGGAUGAGGGAUGUCUACUCUACCCCUACCUCAUGUGGCUGGCAUUCAAUGUAGUGCCUGUGGCUUUGGCUGCCAUACUUGUUACGUUUGGCGAGCCAUGCGCCGCUGGGAGUGGAAUUCCUCAGAUCAAGUGUUACCUGAACGGAGUGAAGGUUCCUUACGUUGUGCGGUUCAAGACGCUGGUAGUCAAGGCUGUAGGUGUGAUCUUAUCCGUCUGCGGGGGACUGCCUGUUGGCAAGGAAGGUCCCAUGAUUCACUCCGGAGCAAUCGUUGCUGCCGGCGUGUCACAGGGUAGAUCAACGACAUUCAGACAAGACUGUAAGUUGUUCUCCUACUUUCGCACAGACCAUGAGAAGCGUGACUUUGUGUCUGCCGGCGCCGCUGCGGGCGUGGCGGCUGCCUUCGGUGCGCCUGUUGGUGGUGUUCUGUUCAGCUUGGAAGAAGGUGCAAGCUUUUGGAACCAGAGCCUUGUCUGGGCAAUUUUUUUCUGCUCCAUGAUCUCCACCUUCACCCUCAACGUUGUGCUGAGUAUGACGGAGACCGGUCAGACGGGAGAACUCUCCAACCCUGGCCUCAUCAACUUCGGCAAGUUUGAGAACAUCGUUUACCAGUUCUGGGAGAUCCCGGUGUUUCUGCUGAUGGGAGCUGCUGGCGGUCUUACCGGCGCCCUCUUCAACCACAUCAAUUACAAGCUGACGAUAUUUCGGAUGAGGAAGCUGCACAGGAAGUGGAUGCAGAUAGUCGAGGCGAUGUUGGUUUCUGCGACGACGUGCACGGUCGGAUUUCUCAUGAUCUAUGGAAUUGAAGACUGUCACACCGUCGGAACUGACCCUAUCCAGUAUCCACUGCAGGUCUUCUGUCCUGAUGGCGACUACAGUGCCAUAGCCAGCAUGGUCUUCCAAACCCCAGAGGCAAGCGUGAAGAGCCUGUUCCAUGAUCCUUACGGUUCGUACAGCGUGCGAGGUCUGUCUGUGUUCUGCCUGCUCUACUUCCUGCUUGCUUGCUGGACGUACGGACUGCAGGUUCCUAGCGGUCUCUUCAUCCCCAUGCUGCUGAUUGGAGCCGGGUGGGGACGCCUCGUAGGCAUGCUGAUGUUCUACAUAUUCCCUGACAAGGGCGUGGACCUGGGUAAGUACGCGUUGAUAGGCGCGGCUGCACAGCUGGGCGGGGUCGUGCGGAUGACCAUCAGUCUCACUGUCAUCCUCAUGGAGGCGUGCGGAAACGUCACCUUCGGCCUUCCCAUCAUGCUCGUGCUCAUGGUCACCAAGUGGGUCGGUGACUUCUUCAACGAGGGCAUCUACGACAUGCACAUAGUGCUGCAGCGAGCGACAAUGCGGCGAGGCACUCACGUGUUCUGGGUCGUAUUCAUCAACGACGGGGAAUCCGUUGAGGCGUCACUGCCGAAGAUAUUUCGGUUGUUUCGAGCUCUCGGCCUCCGCCAUGUUGUCGUGCUGAACGGCAGACACCAGGUGAUCGGCAUAGUUACGAGGAAGGACCUCGCUCGCUACCGCGUGUCGCACCACGGCGGCGGCAUGGGGCUGGAAGAACUGCACAUCACCGAUCGAUGAUCAACCCGCUCGCUUGUACGCACGCUGGCGGAUAAAUCAAAACUCUCGCUCAAGAUCUGAUUCGUUCGAAGUCGGUUCCCCCGUUCUGUGAUACGUGUGUAAACGCGCGUAGCGACGCGUUCCGGGGCUCUCCCCGCGACGCGUUCUCCGAUUCUCUACAUAUUGCGACCAGUAAUCAUUCCUACGUGGGUGUGUAUGUUCAUAAGCUGUGAAAGC